AUGCGCUUCUUCACCCCACUCGUGGUCCUCGCUACCUUCGCAUCGGGCGCACUGGCCGGAUUCGGAGGCGGUGCCAAAUGCAGCGGACCGAACGCGCGCGUUCAGCCCCCGAAGGGUGCCAUCGUCGUUGAUGCCACUGGCAAGCACCCUGGCAGCUACAAGACUGUGUCCGAGGGUGUGGCCAACAUUCCCAACACGACGGCUGAGCACACGCUCUUCGUGUACCCGGGCGUGUACAGGGAGCAAGUCGUGGUCCCGAAUUUCAACGGCCCGAUCGUGCUGCAGGGCUACACGUGCAACACGCAGUCGUACGCCCACAACCAGGUCACCAUUACCCACUCGAUGGCCCAAAAGGAUCUACCGGCCAACAUGACGGGCCCACGCAACCAACUGGUCAGCACCAUGCUCUUCAAGUCGAAGAAUGGUACCCGAGUGUACAAUCUCAACGUUGCCAACCCGCAGCCCAAGAUCAAGAACCUCGGCCAGGCUAUCGCUGUCUACGUGGACGGCCCCAAGCACGGGUUUUACGGCAUGAAUAUGACGGGAUACCAGGACACGCUGUGUGCCAACAAGGGUCCUCAAUUGUACGCCAAGUCCUACAUCAACGGUGCUGUUGACUUCAUCUUCGGCCUCUUGUCUAAGUCCUGGUUUGAGUCGUGCGAUAUCGAGUCGAUCGGCAACGGUUCCAUCACCGCGAACGGCAACGGCAACAGCUCCAACCUGUCCGAAUAUGUCAUCAACAACGCCCGCGUGUUCGGCUGCUACAACAAAUCUGCAGCUUUCCUUGGCCACCCGUGGUUCCCGUACGCCCGCGUCGUUUUCCAGAACAGCGAGCUCGGCGACGUCAUCAACCCGAAGGGUUGGGACCGGUGGAACAAGGGCAACGGCACGGCUAACGUGUACUUUAAGGAGUUCAACAACCGCGGCCCCGGCGCGCUUGAUACUGCCGUGCCUAUUACGGACAUCCUGGGUGACGACUACAAGUCUCAGUGGUAUGUCGACAAGAAGUUCCUGUAG